GUUUAGUUAAAUUUAGAAAGACGAUAAAGAGAAGGAGAAUAAGGAGAGCGCACAGGACGAGAAUUACGGAGGGACGUCUUGACAGGUGGUGUGGAGUAUGGAAUCUGCGGACUCCACCACCACCGCAUCCGCCGCGGCCACCACCUUCGACGCCGUCGUUUCUCAGGAGGAACAUUCCAUAACAUCUGUAAGUGAGGAUCAUGAGAAGCCAUGCUGGGGUUGUGGGCUUCGCUUAUUAGUUUCCCCAUAUGCACCUGCUUUCAAAUGUGCUUGGUGCGGAGCUAUAACAAAUGAAAAUGCAGUCAAACGUGAUAACAGAUGCCUCAAGUGGAAACGCUUGCGAGACCGUUGCUUUGUUAUUGUGCUCAUCAUAUUCAUGAUCUUCAUAAUAUGUGGUGGUAUUUGGGCCAUUUAUCCAGUUGUCUUUGCCAUCAAUUAUUAUUAUGGUGUUCUUCACCUUAUAAUAGCUGUAACUUUGUCCAUAUCUACCAUAUCUACAUUUAGCUUCACUGCAUUUCGAUCUGCUGGUGCUCCUCCGAACAUAUUGUGGGGCAGCUAUCCUGCAGUGAGGAAAGGAGGACUUGAGAACUAUACAUUCUGUCUGUAUUGCUUAAGGCCAAAGUCACCUAGGACACACCACUGCCGUUCUUGUGGGACCUGUGUUUUAGAUAUGGAUCAUCACUGCCCAUUUAUUGGCAAUUGUGUUGGUGCAGCAAACCACCGAUUCUUCAUCUUGUUCCUCAUUUCAGCGGUCACCAGCACAGUCUACGUUACCUUCAUGUCAGCUUACGCAGCGUAUCAUAUUUGGCCGCCAUUUAGAUAUGGCACCGUUAUCCCAUGGGCCGGAGUUCUUGAUCACGAGUUGCUCCUCAGAGCAGUGAGGGAAUUUAUGAUCACCUUUCUAAGUUCUAUGCUGUUUCUACCCGCGAGAGCGCUGGUUCUCAUGUACCUGUUUAUGUCUAGCGUUUCGGUGGAGAUAGGCUUAAGCGUGCUCUUAUGGCAGCAGCUAUGCUACAUUUACGAGGGGAAGACGUACUUGAGUCAUUUAAGUUCACUGGAUAGCGAUGAAGCCACAACGAAGGACUGCGAAAAUAUUAUUCGCUUUUUCGGCUGCCCGUAUAGUACAAAGAGAUAUUUGCCUGUGUUUAUGAGUUCUAGUAAGAGUCACGAGAAAUGAAACAUGAAGAGGCUUUUAGCCAAUCUCUCUCUCUCUCUUUUGGUUCUUGUAUCUCUGUCUCUCCUUUUAUUUUAUUUUUGUACUCUUUGAACCCCUUGGCUAUCUGGGUUCUGUUGUUUGUGUUGCAACCUUUUGUGUUCUGAGAGUAUCCCAAAGAUUGAGAAAUAGAUUUUUUUCUUUUUUUUUUUUUA